AUGGAGGAACUGGAUGCGAAAGGAGAUCGCUUCACAUGGAGUGGCAAGAGAGGCAAUCACUGGGUUCAAUGCUGUUUGGACCGCUGUUUUGGAAAUAAGGAAUGGUUCAAAUUAUUUCCGUCUUCGAAUCAAACUUUCAUGGACAAAAGGGGAUCAGAUCACAGGCCAGUGUGGGUCAAGUUCCGUGCAAUGCAAGAUAGAUUCAGAGGGCAGUUCCGCUUUGAUAAAAGGCUGAUGCUCAGUAUGGAAGUCAAAAAGGAAGUGGAGGGUGCCUGGUCUUGUGCUCGGGGAGAUGGGUCUUUAUCCUCCAAGAUCACAAACUGCAGGAAAGUUCUCUGUGGCUGGAAGAAGAAGCGCAUCUUUAAUGCAAAAGAUAAAAUCAACCUCUUACAACAACGGCUGGAGUGGUUCGAAUCGAAACCGUACCAAUGUCGCUUCAUGGUCAAUAAUCUAAAGAAGGAGUUGAUUAGGGCAUACAAAGAAGAGGAGAUGUUCUGGUGGCAAAAAAGCAGAGAUAAAUGGCUUACUAGAGGAGAUAGAAACACAGAUUUCUUCCACAAUUCAGUCAAGGUAAGACGCUCUUCAAAUCAACUCACAAAGCUAAAGAACAGUCAUGGAGUGGAGCAGCGAUCUGAUGGGGCGAAAGCAGAGGUGGCCAUUGAGUACUUCACUAAUCUCUUCGAAUCCUCCAAUCCUAGUUCGUAUGAGGAUGCUUUUGCAAGUAUGAUCCCGAAGGUGACUGUCAACAUGAACGCUUCUCUCCUUCUCAAAGUCUCAAAGGAAGAAGUUCGUGAAGCCAUUUUCUCAAUCAAACCAGAGAGUGCCCCUGGACCCGAUGGAAUGAAUGGGCUGUUCUUCCAAAAAUACUGGAACAUCAUAGGAGAGGAUGUUACAAAAGAGAUCAUGAGUGUGUUUGAGUCAGGUACAAUGCCUUCAGAAUGGAACUUCACAUAUCUCUGUUUGAUUCCUAAAGUCCCAGACCCGGAAAACAUGAUUGAGAUCAGGCCAAUAAGCCUUUGCUCGGUUCUAUAUAAAGCAGUCUCAAACAUCAUGGUGAAGCGUUUACAACCGUUCCUCAAAGACUUAGUUUCACCCAAUCAGUCUGCGUUUGUGAGUGAUCGCUCAAUCACUGACAAUAUACUGAUUGCACAUGAAGCGGUUCAUGCGUUGAGAACUCACACUAAGACCUCAAAGGAGUACAUGGCUAUAAAAACGGACAUGUCGAAAGCGUACGAUAGAGUGGAAUGGUCCUACAUAUGUUCCCUUCUGAAGGCGAUGGGCUUCGACAGUGUAUGGGUGAACCUCAUAAUGAUGUGUAUCUCUACUGUGACUUAUGCUGUCCUCAUCAACGACCAACCAUUUGGUUUGAUCUCUCCUAAACGAGGCAUAAGACAGGGUGACCCUCUGUCCCCUUUCUUGUUUGUCUUAUGCUCUGAAGGUUUAUCCCACCUUUUGGAAGUGGCGGAGAGAAAUGGCUUCCUGGAAGGUAUGAAAUUUCAUGAAGCUGGGCCAUCUAUCCAUCACCUAUUCUUCGCCGACGAUAGCCUCUUUAUAUGCAAAGCCUCCUGCUCACAAGGAAGAAAUCUGAAGCGCAUCCUAAACUACUACGGUGAAGCUACGGGCCAAGUAAUAAACCUGCAGAAAUCUUCGUUAACCUUUGGUAAUAACAUUCCAGAGUUGACAAAGAUGAGCCUCAAACGGAUAUUUGGUAUUUAUCAAGAAGGUGGAGCUAGUAAAUACCUUGGAUUGCCAGAAUGCUUCUCAGGCUCGAAGGUGGACCUUCUGGAGUACCUCAAGGACAGAACACAAAACAGACUGGAAGCUUGGUAUAUAAGGAAUCUAUCACAAGGUGGAAAGGAGGUACUCAUCAAAUCCACAGCCUUAGCUAUUCCAAGUUUUGCUAUGGCUAGCUUCCGGCUCCCCAAAACUCUUCUCAAAAAACUAGCGAGCAUCAUGGCAAAUUUCUGGUGGAGCUCAGACCCUAACCAAAGGAAAAUCCAUUGGGUAUCAUGGGAGAAGUUAUGCCUACCAAAGAAUCUGGGGGGAAUGGGGUUCAGAGAGCUUGAAUGUUUCAACCAGGCCAUGUUAGCCAAACAGGGAUGGAAUAUGAUCACUCAACCGGAAGGACUCUUGCAGUCCUUUCUAAAGAGCAGGUACUUCCCAACUGGUGAUUUUCUAUAUGCAGCAGAAGGGAUUAGACCUUCUUUUGGCUGGCGUAGUCUAUUACAUGGAAGGGCCUUGCUGAUCAAGGGAUUGCAAAAGAGAAUUGGCAACGGUGAGAACACUUGUGUAUGGACGGACCGAUGGGUGAAUGACCCGGUUGAGGGGCUGAGAGCUUCUUGGAUGAUGAACAAUCACUUUGAGGUUAAUCAUAAGGUAGCUUCUCUUAUUGAUAACACUUCGAAGAGGUGGAAUGUGGAGGCUCUACUUCAGGUCUUUGCGAUAGGAGACAUAGAAAUCCUUUUGAGGAACCAGCCGGCUGUAAACAGAGAGGAUUUCUAUGCUUGGAAAUUCAAUAAAUCAGGAAAAUUCUCUGUGAAAUCAGCUUACUGGCUCGCAUGUGAUACCAAGACCAGGGAGAAUUGCCCAGAGAUGCUAGCUCUUCCCUCUUUGAACCCUCUCAAGGACUCUAUAUGGAAGGUACUCACUGCUCCGAAAAUUAGGAUCUUCAUAUGGAAAUCCUUGAGUGAUGCAAUCUCAGUAGCGGAUUUGCUCAGCUCGAGAGGGGUGAAGAUGGAUAGUCGAUGUCAAAUUUGUGGGAAAGAGGGAGAAUCGAUUAAUCACUUGUUGUUUCAGUGCACCCUUUCUCGUCAAGUGUGGGCUGAAGCAGGCAUUCCACAACCUGAAUUUGGCUUUCAUGAAACGUCUAUCUACCAGAACAUCUCGUACCUGGUGGACUUGAAAAAGAGACGGUUGGGAGUGAAUGAGAACAAAAGAGCUUGGCCUUGGAUAAUAUGGAGGAUUUGGAAGAGCAGGAAUGAAUUUCUAUUCAAAGGGUAUGAGUGGUCUGCAAAGGAGAUAGCUCAAAAGGCCUUUGAGGAUUCGGAAGAGUGGUUUUUGGCUCAGACUAUGGAGGAAGAAAUAACACAAGCAGAGCCUACUCAGGAGAAGAGAGAAAACUUGAAAUGGAGUCCUCCACCAAAGGACUGGACCAUGUGCAAUAUUGGAUAUGAUUGGAACAAACAUUCUCGAAUCUUGGGUGUGGCCUGGGUAGUAAGGAACCACAGAGGGGUGGUCUUAUUUCACAGUAGAAGUUCCUUUGCUCAAAUCCCAAACAAGGAAGAGGCUAGACUUCAAGCCAUUCUAUGGGCAGUGGAGAGUAUGGCUAGUCUCAAACUUAGCAAGGUGGUUUUUGCAGGUCAAUUUAAGGAGGAAUUUGAAGCGGUGAUGAAACCUAUGGACUGGCCAUUGUAUGCGUUUCAGAGCGGGGAGAUCUCAAAGGCUUUACUGGCGGUGAAGGAUGCUCAACUAUUGGUAGUUUAUCGAAAUUCUAAUAGAUGUGCAUCCCUCAUUGCUACAAGUGUAACCAGAGAAAAUCGUCACCAAUCCUAUGUGGCUUCGGGUCCUCCUUGUUGGCUUUUUGAGUUGUUCGUGAAUGAGAGCAGGUUUUGUAAUCUUGAUUGUCUUGGGUUGAAGUUUGGAGAUAUCAAGAUUUCUAGUUGUUUUGGGAUGGGGUUUGUUGGUGCUGUAGUUCGAUGUUGUAUCGUUCCUUCCCUUUGA